GUGCGAGAUCCUCGGGCACAGACGACUCAGGGCGCCGUGCGGUGGAAUUGUAUCCCGUGCUCUCUCUCUCUCUCUCUCUCUCUCUCUCUCUCUACCUUUCCCACGUUACGAUCCCUUUCCCCAACUCUAUCGCCACCGACGAAACCCUCGUCGUCGUCAACCUCGUCCCCCUCUCCGCCGCGCCAUGAAACCCUCGCAGAACAAGAAGAAGAGCAGGAAGAAGAAGCCGAAGCCCUCUUCUCCCGCUCCGCCGCCCUCCCAAAGAUCCGGCGCUGAAUCGAAGGGGGACGAGGGAAUUGGAGGGGAAAAGGCCGAGGGCGAGGAGAGGAAGGACCUGGAUUGGUUGAUCGAUGCGUUCGGUUCGGUCUCCGUCGACCAGAUCGAGUCGGUGUACCGCGAGGCCGGCGGCGACGCCUACAAGGCCGCCGGAAUUCUCGGCGCUCAUCUCGAGGACCCCGGGGAGGCGCCGGCGUCGAGCGGCGGCGGCUGCGGCCGCGGCGACGGCGGCGGAGGUGGUGGCGGGAGGAGAGCGCGGCGGAAGCCCAAGAGGGUUGCGGCGGCCACGGGUAUGGUUUCGGACGUGAUCGGGAAGAGCUAUUCGAGCCCGGUAAUGGUCUGCGGCAAAGGGAGGAGGAGCGGGGAGGGGAGGGCGGAGGAAGAGAAGAGGAGGGGGGAUGCGGAGGUCGAGGAUGCGGAGCAGUUCUUGUGCUCGAUGCUGGGGGAUAGCUCGCAUCUUGGAAUGGGAGUGGUCAGAGAUGUUCUAGGUCAAUGUGGAUGUGAUGUUGAGAAGGCUCUGGAGGUGUUACUAGAUUUAGCAGCAUCCUCCUACAACCAGCACAAGGAGAGGAGCUAUUGGAAUCAUGGAAAGAGUUGCAUGGAUUAUUCUAUUAUCUUCCGUGGGAUGUCCAGUAAAAACACCCGAGAGAACAAUAUAAACUCAUUCCAGUCACCAGAUAAUACCGGUGAGAUGACCUGUCAUUCAUCUGAAAAAGAACAAGAAUUCCCACAAUAUGCAGGAUAUGAUAGCAGACAUUACAUGAAGGAUCUUCCUGAUUCAGAUAUUCCAACGAUGGGGAAAUCCGAAAUGCAACAUAAAAUCUUGGAGUCGUUGUUUGGUGUUACUGAGUAUCCAAAGUAUGAGCCGAAUCGUAUGAACUGGAAGACGGUAGUAAAGAAGCUAAAAUCAUUUGGGCAAGGGUUGGAAUUUAAUUCUCCCCACAUCAUAGAUACUGGAGAAAAAACUAUAAGUGGUAAAGGAGAUGGUUAUCAGGAGUUCCGCGGUGUUGCCAGUAAGCAUUGGGACACGAUGAAAAUGUACUAUCAGAAAGCUGCGUUGGCGUACUCAAGAGGGGAACGUGCUUAUGCCUCUCAUCUUUCAGAGAAGGGCAAAUACUUUCGUGAGUUGGCCCUUGAAGCUGAUGAAAAAGCCAGUCGAGAGAUUUUUGAAGCUAGAAACAAGAGUAUAAGAAAUACAGUCACUAUCGACUUACAUGGGCAGCAUGUCAAACAAGCUAUUGGGCUUUUGAAGCUUCACCUACUUUUAUUUUCAUAUAUUCCUUCUGUCCAUUUCCUCAGAGUUAUCACUGGAUGUGGUGUAGAUGGUGUUGGCAGGGGAAAGUUAAAGUGCUCGGUAAUUGGGCUUGCGAAGAAGGAAGGCAUAGAAUGGAGCGAAGAGAAUGCAGGGACUGUAAUUCUCAGGCUAGAUGGGGCGAGGAAGUAUAGUUUUGCAGAAGGCGAUAGUGAUUCUGAGUAGCUGAAGCACACGAUUAAUCUGGUCAACAGGGUGGUUAACUGCUGAUUUUUUUCUUUACAGGCUAAUAUAUGUCUUUAAUUUGUCUUAAUGUAAAUUAUUAUAGUUGUCGUAAGGGUCUAAGGAUAGGUUAUGUUGUAAUUUAUGAUGUAUCAUGUAUCUUCAGAUCUCCUUUUACACCAAAAAAUCCUCUUCUUUCUCAAAAAUAUUGUGCUAGUUGCAGUUGCCCCAAGAGUAUGAGAUUUAUAUCGUUACUGUGCUCUGUUAUCGUAUCUGAUGAGAUAAUCAUAUUUCUUGUCCCAAGAGUUACUGAUAAA